AUGCAGUACACAAUAUCUCAAACAUUCACCAACACCACUCGAACAACUAUGACCACCCUUAUCACCGGCGGAACUGGCCACGUCGGCUCCCACCUUGCCAAACUCCUGCAUGCCGCGAGCUACCCCGUCCUCAUCACCUCGCGCAAAGGCGUCGCCCCCGAGCCCUUCAAAGCCGUCACUUUCAACUGGGAAGACGCGUCGACGUUCGAGAACCCGUUCAAGGCCGACGCCAACAUCGACAAGCUCUUCCUCAUCUCGCCUGAUCACAAGGACCCGGUUCCUGUCGCCAAACCUUUCAUCGACCUCGCAGUGUCGAAGGGCGUCAAGCGGAUUGUGCUAGUUAGCGCGAGCCAGCUGGAGAAGGGGGACGACUUUUAUGGGAAACUCCACGAGUACAUUGCGGGUCUUGGUGUCGAGUACGCGGUCCUCCGCCCAACUUGGUUCAUCGAGAACUUCGCCACGACGUUUAUCGAAAGCAUCAACAAGGAAAACUCGUUCAGAACCGUCAGCAAGAGCGGAAAAGUCCCCUUCAUCGGCGUCGAGGACAUCGCGAAAGCCGCGUUCGACGCCUUGAUCGCAGAGAAGAGCCCCAAUACCGACUACUAUGUCCUUGGCCCAGAGACAGUCUCAUACGACCAAGCAGCCGAGAUUCUGAGCCAGGUCAUUGGCCGGAAGAUCACCCAUAAGCAGCUCACGAACGAGGAGGAAGUAGAGUUCUUCAAGUCAUUGGGAAUGACGCAAGAGUACUCUGAGACGUUGAACGGGCUGGAUGCGAUCAUUGCCGAUGGUGCUGAGGAGAAGCGGGUCGGUACCCCCAAGCACCUAUACACUGGCACCCGCACGCUCCGUCAAUUUUUCGAGGCCAACAAGAAGCUCUGGACCAAGUAG